CUAAGAGCUAAAACCUCAACGUCACCACCGCUUUUCUUAAUUAUCCACUUUCACAAAUUCCACGCUGUACCAUAAAAACAUUAAAAAUUUUAGGAAAACACGAAACACCGAGUGCCAGAACAAACACGCACUAUAUAUAUAUAUACACAUACACACACACCAUUUGGGUCCUCAAGGAAAAAACACACACAUGUUCAAUUACACACAAAACAGAAUUUGAAGUUUGAACUACGUGAAGUGCAGUUGAGCUGAAACAGUGCAAUGGCUUCGUGGGUUAGAGGCAAGUGCGUUGGAAAGGGUGCGUUCGGAAUCGUAAAUAUAGCUGUUUCCAAACCGGACGGUCGGGUUUUUGCGGUGAAGUCCGUGGAUCGCAAAACGGGUCUCCCGGGUCAGCUGGAGGCGUUGGAGAACGAGAUUCGUAUCCUCCGGCGUAUGUCUUCGCCUCACGUGGUGUCCUUUCUCGGCGAUGAUGCCACGUGCGAGGAAGGCUCAACGUCGUCGUUCCGGAACCUGCACUUGGAGUACAUGCCAGGUGGAACCGUCGCUGACAUGGACGCUGAUGCUGACGUGGACGAACGGUUGGUGAGGCGCUACGCUUGGUGCUUGGUGAGCGCGCUGCGUCACGUUCACGAGCGUGGCGUCGUGCACUGCGACGUGAAAGGGAGGAACGUGCUCGUCUCCGGCGACGGCGAAGUCGCCAAGCUCGCCGACUUCGGAUCGGCGGUGGAAUUCUCCGGCAGGGAUUGUCCUGCGGGGAUCUUACCGCGUGGAAGCCCGAUGUGGAUGGCGCCGGAGGUGAUUCGCCGGGAGUAUCAGGGGCCGGAGUCCGACGUGUGGUCACUUGGAUGCACGGUGAUCGAGAUGAUCACCGGAAAACCGGGGUGGGAGGAUCGCGGCGUUGACACGCUGAGUCGAAUCGGGUAUUCCGGUGAGUUGCCGGAGAUUCCGAGCAAGUUGUCGGAGCUAGGCCGCGAUUUCGUCGAGAAGUGUCUGAGGAGGGAACCGAGCCGGCGGUGGAGCUGUGAUCAGCUGCUACAGCAUCCAUUUUUGCUUCACAAUAAGGUUGUUGAAUCGUCCCCUCGGUGCGUUCUGGACUGGGUUGACUCACAAUUCGCCGAGUCAGUUAACGACGGUGAAGAAGAAGAAGAAGAAGAGAUGAUGUUGGACGAUAGUGAAAAAAUUUCAGUGAGAAAUAGGAUUGGUAAAUUAGCAACAGAAUCGAGGGCAAAUUGGGAAACGGAGGGUUGGGUAGAGGUGAGGGCAAUUGCGUCCGACGCAGAAGCAACGACAACAACAGAAACAAAAGCGUGUGAUGGUGGGUGUGGAGACGAAGAAGGAGGGGCAGGUUGGGAAUUUGAGAAUGUAUUGAGGGUAGAAGAGGGAAUAGAGUUAGGGACUCGUUUGGAAUAUUCUGGUUCAGAAACAGCAAGAAAUGAAGGGUUAAAUCGGGAAAUGUGGAAGUUGGGAGAGAGGAACAGGUUGGUGUGGCGGCGUGAGUGUGAUAAGUUUAACCACAACCGCAACCGUGGUGGUUGGAGUUGUCGGUAUGGGUAUGGGUUGAAAAAGUUGGAUAGGAUAAGAGGAAUAUUCUGCAUUUACAGCCUAUGUUGUAAAAUUUUCAAAUCAUAUUGUUUAUUAUCAAUAAUAUAUUUCAAUAUAUACUAUGCUUUUCGAUUGCAUGAUAUAAAAUUCACCGUAAAAGACGCAGCAAUUAAGAAACAGUCACCCCGUUAA